AUGGACAGCGAGUGCCUGGUGUUGUUGCCUCGGGUGUGCGCUGUACUAGCGGACCCCAGACAGUCCCUACCAGAUGACACCAGCCUCGAGAAACUGCUGGACUGGUUCACUGGUCUCACCAAGGAGGAGGACCAUGGCCUGGCCCUGUUGGAGUCCUGCCCCUGUCUGGUGGACUACAUAUCCACCGCGUGUCUGGACAAAACUACAGAUCCCAGCAUGCUUUCCUUCAGCCUCAAGCUUUCCGGCCUGCUGGCGGCCAGCCAACACGGCUUCAACCUGCUGCAGGAUCGAUCCAUCCUGGGCGUGGCCUACGACAGCGAGCGAUGGCAGGUGGCUGGCCAAUGGGAGGAUCCGAGCGUGCGGAUUGGCUGGAUCCAUGGCCUGAGUAACAUGAUGCGCCACACACAGGCCUUCCACUUCCUGGAUCAGGCUGGCCUGACCAAACCCCUCCUCCAGCUACAGACUGACCCCAGCCUAUUCGUCGCCUCGGCCGCAAAUCACCUCCUGGCCCGCCUCCUAACCUUCCACCAGCCGGCUACAACCUCACACACAACCCAGGGGAAUGGCCUCACUGUUCCACCCAAUAAGGAAGAGGUAGAAUUGGACGUAACCAUGGAGACAAGUCCAGGAAGCGGGUGUUCCAUCACCAUGGAGAUCUUGAAGCACCUGGAGAGCUCUCUGGAGUCAGACAGCCACACCCAGGUGCUCCAGGGGCUGAGGCUGCUGGCCCUGACUCUCCCGAGCUGGAGGCUCCUCUGCGGGGCUCGGUGAUCAGGCGAGUCCUGAGGUCUCUGGAGGGGUUGGUCCGAGAAGGAGCAGUGGCUCAGCCUCUAAUGGACGUCCUGCUGGCUACAUACAGGUCCGGUCCGUGUGACUCCAGACUCGUCUCUCUGAUGGCGUCCAUGUUGAACUCCCAGAAUCCCUCUGACGCUGCUCUGUGUGCCGCCGCCACCCUCCAUCCGGAGACCUGUCCUCCAGGCCUCAGA